AUGACCAGCCAGUUCAGUAUGGCGCAACCAGAGUAUGCCUACAGGUCCUCGGCCAUGUCCAACAGUCCCUGGAACCCGACUCGCAGUUCCUUUGCCGAACCCACGGCACAUGGAGGCUUCGAUAAUGUCUUUUACUCGACACCAAGGUAUGGACAUCCUCGAGCUCCCACGCCCGCAGUUUUUAGUAACAAUGGCCCUCUGCAAAGUGUCAAUUACUCGGCUAGCUCCUACAACCUCGCUGCCGGUGCCGGUGCCGGCGCCGCUGCCAUGCCCACCGCUGUUAACGGUAACGGCGCUGCUGCCGGUCAUCUGUCGCGGGCUGAGUCCGCCUACCCUCCGGGCUCGACCUACGCUGGACGUCCUCCAUCGGGCUCGUUUGGCAAGCCCAUCGGACAUGGAUCCUACAAGGGCUCCGGCUCCCAGGCCUGGGAGACCCAUGACCGCUACUCACCCACCGACUCUGUCGACGACAUCAUCGCGUCGCCCAACCUGUCUGACUAUUCCCUGGAAAAUGGGAUGAACAGCGCCGCCCAGGCCAAGUCCAAGCCCAAUGGUAAGGGCCGGUCACAGCGACGGCCGUCGAACCGAGACGAGUUUGACGGGCCCCAUCAGUUCCUGCAGCGGCCACCGCCAGACGUUAUCGCGAUGCAGGAGCGCGAACUCCCGCAUCUGCCCACGAACCUCCACGUCCAGGAGCAGGACAGCGUGCUCAGCCAGGUCAACGACCGACUCUCGCAGUGCGCUUACGACUUUGUCGCCAAGUAUCAGUUCCCGAUCCCGUUGACUCAGGACAUGAGGCCGGUUGAGCGACCGCAGGAUCGAGAGUGGACCGAGUGGGUUUACCUCUUGAAGCGCCUAGCGACGAAGCGACGCAUCCCCGCGCGAGUGCUGUACAACGGACAGAUCAAGCAGUUUGUCACGAUCCUCGAGAACUCGCUCGAGAUGCGACACGCGGCAAAGCACCAGAGCCGUCCCCUCAAGGACGACCGCAACAUCCUCCAGCUCAUCUCGGCCGGCAUUCAGGUGGCCAAGAUUCUGAAGGAUGCAUCGGCCAUGGACUACCUGGACCGAUUAUACGUUUCUACCGAGAAGCAGAUCCAAGACCGUGCGGCUGCGCGGUACCGGUCUUGA